AUGUCGAUUCCCCACGUUUGGUUACUUUUACCGUUAUAUGCUUUGCUAGCAGUUGCUUCUCCAUUCAAAGCAGAAUGUUUAAGCGAUUCAAAAGAUUAUUUGGUUUCACCAUUGCCAGGCUGGGAUGAGUUGCCUUCAGACUAUGCCAAGCCCAUUCAGUAUGCCGGACAGUUGGAGCUCUUCCCCGAGAACAGCACAGAAUAUUUCUUUUGGAAAGUUGUUGAUUCUGAAAAGGUUCCAGAAAACAAGAAUCGUACAACCUUUUGGCUACAAGGUGGUCCAGGCUGCUCAUCAAUUGAAGGUGUCUUUCUCGAGCAUGGUCCAUUCAAAUUGGAUGACGAAGAGAAAAUUGUGGUCAACGAAAAUUCAUGGCAUAAACGCUCCGACAUGGUAUAUGUUGAUCAGCCAACUCAGGUAGGGUACAGUGAUGGAGAAUUAAUUCACGAAUUGAGCCAGGUGCAAGUUUACUUUUUGAAAUUUUUAGAAAAGUACUUUGAGUUGUUUCCCGAAGAUCUCAAAAAUGAGAUCUAUGUUGCUGGAGAAUCUUUUGGUGGGCAGUAUGUUCCAUAUGUUGCCGAUGCCAUACUCAAAAGAAAUGAAAACUUGACUGACGGGGGAGUGGAGUACAAGCUAAAGGGAAUUAUGAUUGGCAAUGGAUAUGUGUCACCAAACGAACAAUUUCUAUCCUACAUUGAUUAUUUUAAAGAUCACUUUUUAAUUGAUGACUCAAACCCCAAUUGGGAUACCAUAAAUGAAUAUCAAAGUGCUUGUCAGGAGGUAGUAGACGGAGAGGAGAUUAGUUCUAAUGAAAAUAGGGCCCCAGUUUGUGAGGCCCUUUUGGGCCUCUUUUUGAAUGCUACCAGAAACGAGUCAGCUCCAGCCGACCAACAAUGCCUCAAUGUAUACGACUACAAUUUGCACGACUCUUUUCCAUCUUGUGGAGAUUCGUAUCCCCCAUUGUCGGACGCCAACAGGUUUCUUAAUCGUUGGGAUGUGCAAGCCGAUCUCAAUGUUGAGAGUCCUGUCAACUAUACUGUUUGCAAUACAGUUGUCCAAGAAACAUUCACAGCUCCCAACUCACCUCCCUCCAAAUUGCUUUUGCCGGAUAUAGUGUCCCAAAUUCCCAUCGUUUUAUACAAUGGGGCCUCUGAUAUCCUCUGCAACACAGAUGGAGUUUUGAAGUACUUGUCAAACAUGACCUGGAACGGUGCAACUGGAUUUAGUGAUACCAACAAUAGGGCUGAUUGGAUAGUCGAGGACAAAAAAGCUGGGUGGGUGCUUCAAGACAGAAAUUUGACAUUUAUCAAUAUUUUCAACGCCAGUCACUAUGUUCCAUACAGCCAGCCAACAGUGGCAAAAUUUUUGCUUGACUUUGUUACAGGUGAAACUACAGAAGACGCUGAAGGAUUCGUUAGCCAGCCAAAGGAGCAACCUCGUUAA